GGUCAUCAACCUCUGCCCUGAACGUCCCACCUCUUCCCUCUCUUCCUCCCCUGACGGGACUGAGCAUUGGUGGAGUGCAGAAAUUCAGCGCAGAAGCUACUAUUGACUAGCUUUGUCUCUGAUUUUACCCUAAUCUGCAGGCAAGGAGUCGGAGACGCCACUACAAGGAGGAUGCAUCUGUUCGUGUGGCUGAUCCUAGGCCUGUGGGGUGCAGCGUCUGCUCAUCACCACGUGGUGGAUAUCUGCACUGCAAAGCCAAAGGACAUCCCGGUGAAUCCCAUGUGCAUUUACCGUAACCCCGAGAAGGAGAGUGAGGGGCUAGGGCAGGAGCAAGAGAAGGAGAAGAUCCCAGACUUGACUAAUCCCCGUGUCUGGGAGUUAUCCAAGGCCAACACCCGCUUCGCCAUGGAAUUCUACAAGCACCUGGCAGAUGCCAAGAAUGACAACGAAAACAUCUUCAUGUCGCCCCUCAGCAUCUCCACAGCCUUCGCUAUGACCAAACUCGGUGCUUGUGGCAGCACCCUCCAGCAGCUCAUGGAGGUGUUCCGGUUUGACAGCAUUUCAGAGAAGACCUCUGAUCAGAUCCACUUCUUCUUCGCCAAGCUGAACUGCCGGCUCUAUAAAAAGGCCAACAAGUCCUCCGAGCUAGUGUCGGCCAACCGGCUCUUUGGGGAGAAGUCUCUGACCUUCAACGAGACCUACCAGAACAUCAGUGAAGUGGUUUACGGAGCCAAACUCUGGCCCUUGAACUUCCAAGAAAAGCCAGAGCAGUCGCGGGCUCUAAUUAACGAGUGGGUGUCCAAUAAAACAGAGAAGCGCAUCACUGACGUGAUCCCCGAGGGAGCCAUUGACCCGCUCACUGUGCUGGUGCUGGUCAACACCAUUUACUUUAAGGGGCACUGGAAGUCACAGUUCCCAACUGUGAACACCAAAAUGGAUAAGUUCUACAGAAGCGACGGUGAGGUCUGUACAACCCCCAUGAUGUACCAGGAGGCCAAGUUCCGCCACGUCUCCGUCCCCAGCGACCAUGUGCAGGUGGUGGAGCUGCCUUACAAAGGGGAUGACAUCACCAUGGUUCUCAUCCUGCCCAACAAGGGCAAGUCCCUGGGGGCGGUGGAGCGGGACCUGAACCCAGAGCGGCUGCAGGACUGGCUGAGCUCGAUGAAGGAGAUCUCGCUCUCCGUCUACCUCCCCCGCUUCCGCAUCGAAGACAACUUCAGCCUGAAGGAGAAGCUGCGGCACAUGGGGCUGGUGGAUCUCUUCGACCCUGAUCUCGCCAAGCUGCCAGGUAUCGUUACAGAGGGCCGUACAGACCUGUAUGUCUCUGAUGCCUUCCACAAAGCCUUCCUUGAGGUGAAUGAGGAAGGCAGCGAGGCAGCAGCUUCCACCGCAGUUGUCAUCUCGGGGCGUUCGUUUCCCAUGAACAAAAUGAUCUUUAACGCGAACAGGCCUUUCCUGCUGUUCAUCAGGGAGGCCACCAUCAACACCAUCAUCUUCAUGGGCCGAAUAUCCAACCCCUGCACUUAAGGAGCUGUGGGUCCAGCCUCUGCGUCCACAUGGGUAUCCAAUUAAUAAAAUAUCCCCGCCCGUGUC